ACACACCUGAGGAGGACUGUAUAAAAAGCCAGACGGUCUCUCUCCAAAUGAACGGGUGUGUUUACUUCGGCAUCAUUCAGCACGAGACUCUCCACGCUCUGGGCUUCCAACACGAACAAACCAGGAGCGACCGUGACGAGUACGUCACCAUCAACUGGAGUAACAUCGACUCUAACAAUGCCUUUAACUUUGAUAGAUCAAACACCAACAACCUGAACACUCCCUAUGACUACAGCUCUGUCAUGCACUAUGGAAAAACAGCCUUCUCUGUCAACGGGAUGGACACCAUCACCCCCAUCCCCAACCCCAACGUGCCCAUCGGCCAGAGACAGGGGUUGUCCACCACAGACAUCCUGAGGAUCAACAGACUCUACGGCUGCUGAGAGGAAGACAUCAAGUCACAGGAGAAAAGUCUGGAAAAGACCAGAUGAAGGAAGUCAAGUCUG